AUGCAGUUCUACCCCAUUGGCCUUUCUUGUCUCCUGGCCCAGGCCGUGGCAUCCUCCCGACUCCAGAAACGAUGGCUAAACGGGGACACUGCCACUGGCACCAUCGAUCCGGACGUGACAAGUGAAUGUGAGUAUUGGGCCAACGACAUAUCCGCGACCGACACCUACUACUGUGUGCUGAUUGAAGGAUGGAGCUACUGUGUCGAGGGCCCGGCCGUAACUGUUACCGCGGCUGCGUCCAUCACGACGAAUACCACGAUUCCCGUCGUUAUUUUCACCGUGGUGACUGAUUUUGUGAACAGCACGACCCUCGCGGCUGCAACUGCUACAUCUGAAUCGGCCACCACUGCCACUCCCACCUCGACCGCCACCGACUCGGGUGGAGUGCCUUCACCAAUGCAGAGUGGUCUCGAUCUGUACUUGGAUUUCACACUCAAUGAGUUCUACACUUGGAACCCGGGUACUUCCAGCAUUGUGACUGCAACGACGACCGCCUCUGCAACUUCGUCCUCCCCAUACCAGCCUCAGCAGACCGGUCUUACAUCGAAAUGCGAUGAUUCUUACUAUGUAAACGAGGGUGACGACUGCACCGCCCUCCUCGAGGAGUUUGAUAUCACCAUGGCUGAAUUUCACGCCUGGAACUCUGCGCUGGGGUCUGACUGCAACAAGAUGGAAUAUGGGUACUACAUCUGCGUGGGCGUUCCUGGUACAUCCUGUCUUUUCAGCUCGACCUCCAUGGGGUCUACCACCACAGCCUCAGUUACCAGCGCAUCCACCUCAAUUCCAACCACAGCAACCACAACAGCAACCACAACAGCAACCACAACAGCAACCACAACAGCAACCACUACAGGCCCCUCCCCAACCCAAACCGGUAUCACCACCAACUGUACCACUUACUACGAGGCCACCGCCAACGACAUUUGCUGGUCGAUCGUGACGGAAAAAUACGCCUACCUCACCGAGGCGGAAUUCCUCGACUGGAACCAGGCUGUUGGGUCCGACUGCACCGGUCUGUGGGCAGGCUACUAUUACUGCGUGGCGACGACCACCGCCGCCCCCAUGCCAAACACCAUUGACACCUGCACAACCUACUACCUUGUCGUCGAGGGAGAUAGCUACUAUUCGAUCGAGCAGGCGUACGGGAUCUCAGCCGCCGAUUUUGUGGAAUGGAAUCCCGCCGUGGGGAGCAGUUGUGCGUCGCUGUGGAAGGGGUAUUAUGUUUGUAUGGGUGUCUGA